GCCGCCCGUCCCCGCCGCGGCCCCGCCGCCUGCAGCAGCAGCUGCUGCUCCUCCCCGGCGGCCGCCCCCCGCGGGUCCCUCCCUGGCUGCGGGAGAGACAGAGGUAGAGGGAGGACACAGCGCCGCGCCGCCUGCACCGGAGACCUUCCCCUCGUCCUGCUGUUUCCGUACCCUCGGGAGGAACAUGGCAGAUAAUCUCAGUGAUACCUUGAAGAAGCUGAAAAUAACAGCUGUGGACAGAACUGAAGAUAGUUUAGAAGGAUGCUUGGAUUGUCUGCUUCAAGCCCUGGCUCAAAAUAAUAUGGAAACAAGUGAAAAAAUCCAAGAAAGUGGAAUACUUCAACUGUUUGCAGGUCUUUUGAUUCCACAGUCUUCAUGCACAGCCAAAGUAGCUAACAUCAUAGCAGAAGUAGCCAAAAAUGAAUUUAUGCGAACUCCAUGUGUGGAUGCUGGAUUGAUUUCACCACUGGUGCAGCUGCUAAAUAGCAAAGACCAGGAAGUGCUGCUUCAAACGGGCAGGGCUCUAGGAAACAUAUGUUACGAUAGCCAUGAGGGCAGAAGUGCAGUUGACCAAGCAGGUGGUGCACAGAUUGUAAUUGACCAUUUAAGGUCACUGUGCAGUAUAACAGAUCCCGCCAAUGAGAAGCUCUUGACUGUCUUUUGUGGCAUGCUGAUGAACUAUAGCAAUGAGAAUGAUUCCCUUCAAGCUCAGCUUAUCAAUAUGGGUGUUAUUCCUACCUUAGUGAAAUUACUGGGCAUCCACUGUCAAAAUGCAGCUCUUACAGAAAUGUGUCUUGUUGCCUUUGGCAAUUUAGCAGAACUUGAGUCAAGUAAAGAACAGUUUGCCAGUACAAACAUUGCCGAAGAACUGGUAAAACUCUUCAAGAAGCAGAUAGAACAUGAUAAGAAGGAAAUGAUUUUUGAGGUUCUUGCUCCAUUGGCAGAAAAUGAUGCUAUUAAACUACAACUGGUUGAAGCAGGCCUGGUAGAGUGUCUACUCGAGAUUGUUCAGCAGAAAGUGGAUAGUGACAAAGAAGAUGAUGUUGCUGAGCUCAAAACCGCUUCAGAUCUAAUGGUUUUAUUACUUCUUGGAGAUGAAUCCAUGCAGAAAUUAUUUGAAGGAGGAAAAGGUAAUGUGUUUCAAAGGGUGCUGUCCUGGAUUCCAUCAAAUAACCAUCAGCUACAGCUUGCUGGAGCAUUGGCAAUUGCAAAUUUUGCCAGAAAUGAUGGAAAUUGUAUCCAUAUGGUAGACAAUGGAAUUGUAGAAAAACUUAUGGAUUUACUGGACAGACAUGUAGAAGAUGGAAAUGUAACAGUACAGCAUGCAGCACUAAGUGCCCUCAGAAAUCUGGCCAUUCCAGUUGUAAAUAAAGCAAAGAUGUUAUCAGCUGGGGUCACAGAGGCCGUUUUGAAGUUCCUUAAAUCUGAAAUGCCCCCGGUUCAGUUCAAACUUUUGGGAACAUUAAGAAUGUUGAUAGAUGCACAAGCAGAAGCUGCUGAACAACUGGGAAAGAAUGUUAAAUUAGUGGAGCGUUUGGUCGAAUGGUGUGAAGCCAAAGAUCAUGCUGGUGUGAUGGGGGAGUCAAACAGACUGCUCUCUGCCCUUAUACGACACAGUAAAUCAAAAGAUGUAAUUAAAACCAUUGUACAGAGUGGUGGCAUCAAGCAUCUAGUUACCAUGGCAACUAGUGAACAUGUAAUAAUGCAGAAUGAAGCCCUUGUUGCUUUGGCACUAAUAGCAGCUUUAGAACUGGGCACUGCUGAGAAAGAUCUAGAAAGUGCUAAACUUGUACAGAUUUUACACAGACUGCUAGCAGAUGAGAGAAGUGCUCCUGAAAUCAAAUAUAAUUCCAUGGUCCUGAUCUGUGCUCUCAUGGGAUCUGAAUGUCUACACAAGGAAGUACAGGAUUUGGCCUUUCUAGAUGUUGUAUCCAAACUUCGCAGUCAUGAGAACAAAAGUGUUGCUCAACAGGCCUCUCUCACAGAGCAGAGACUGACUGUGGAAAGCUGAGAAUUGCCCCUCCCUGAUACAUGGCAUCAUCCCAUCUCUGGGUUCCCCUUUGUCCUCCAUCCAGCUGCCUCUUCUGCUUCAUUCUCUUCCAUAUCACUUGUGCAUGCGUGUAAUGUUCCAAUACCAAUUGAGAACUGCUGUAGGUACCUGCCCAGUAAGAUUUCUAAACCCAUAGUUAGUGUGAACAUGAAUUUGUCAAAAACAAGUCUCCACCCAUAACUGUUCUCUUGUAUUCCUGUUGCUUGAGCUACAUUAAGUAGAAUGUGCAUGUUGUAGUCCUAUGAUGAUGUAAACUUGGUACUACAUAAUGACUUGCUCCUCACACUUGGUAAACUACAUAAUAAUGUACUGGUAAAUUAGAAACAAACAAGAAUGCAGCAGGAUCUGUCUAGCUUAUUAAAAAUGGAAUUGGAUAGUAAAAAUAGCUCCAUUUUUUUGGUGCUUGGGAAGCACAGGGACCAAAAAAACUGGAUGGCUGCUUAUUUAUUAGUCUUACCUACUAAUGUCAUACCCAUGGUACCUAGAGUUAAAUAAAAUCCAAUGCGCUCACCCUUUAUACCCUACGGUUUCUCCUUCUUCCUACCUAGUAGACUCUUGAAACUGCCAAAAACUUGGCAAGACUUCCUGAGGUUUUUCAUUUCAUGUUUAAUUGGCUGUCAGUAGCCUGAUGUUGAAAACAUUUGUAGUUUUCACCAUGAAAUUAAAGGGUUGAAGAAUCUGUUACACUAGUACAUCUUGUUUUUUUGGCUAUCUUUUAGAUUCUGAUAUAUGUACAGUGUCACCCCAGAACUUCUUCCAGCAGUUAAUCAGCAUUGUUCAAAAUUUGUCUUUAAAAGUCAGUUUGGCGUAUGUUUUCGACUAAGGAAAUUCAAUGUAGUUCAUUGAAAAAUGGAUAUUUUUUUCCUAUUUUUCAUCAUUCAGUUCAAAAGCAAGAAGUUUCUUCUCACUGUCCUUUUAAAUCUUAGAACUAAAAGGAAAUAGGAAAAGAAUUAAUAACUUUGUCUAAAGAAAGGAAACAGGUAAUAAAGCCAUAGUAGCCAGGCUAGUUCAUUCUGCAGAUGUCCUCGGACCAGUAACUGUUAGAGUGUCCCACCUCCACUUUCCACAGGGAACUGCAGUAGACCUUAAAUGCUAUCAGAAAAGGUGACAGCACCAAAACUCAAGAGAUGAGAGGACUCUCUGGCAAAAUGUAAUAUACUCUUCACUGCCACUACCACCACCAAAUGGGUUUUUAGAGCUUUGAAACACAAUCUUUGUAAAUUAAUCAGUAUGCCCCUGUGACAUACCUGCCUUCUCCCCAUGCUCAAGCCUGACGAAUACUGGCUGAAAGGUAGAAUGGGCUCCAAUAUAGAAGGACUGCAGGACAGUAAGAUGGACGGCCAGUGGUGACAGAAGCUCCUUCCUCUCCAGCAUGAGAUGUUGUACAUCUGUAGGGUGAUCAGAGUUGGACUUUUGACUCUGAAACUGCUAUAACUUAAGUUAAAACCCCAAUAGAGACAAAGAACCUUUUGACUGAUUGAUCCCUUUGAUGUGCAAGAAAAGGACUGUUACGAUGAGUGCUCAUGCUACCCUUACUAUAAGAAUGAUCUUAUUGUCUUCUCCUGGGCUGGAUAGUGGACUAUAUUUCAUUAUAGUUUUGAAAGACAUCUAUAAUGUUGCAUAAUAGGCUGUUCGUGUUAAUAACUAAAUAAAUAAAUACUAUAUGAAACUGUAA